GCGAAUUUGACUGUGCUUGGUCCAGAUUCAAACGAUGCAUUAUGGAGCGUAUUGUAUUAUGCUGCCUCUAAAGAAGGUGCUACACUACCUACAAUGUUCCCAUUGGCUGAACCAAAAGAUUUUCCAAAAGGUUGGGCAAGUUCAGCUUCCUUGAGCUCUAGACAGCAAUUUUUUGAAAAUAAGCAGGUUAAUUUCACCCAUGUUGGAAGGAACUGUGGAAGAAAGUUUAAGAAAGGUGAACCUAUCUAUCGCUGCCUGGAUUGUUCGUUUGACAAUACAUGUGUCUUAUGUGUUCAUUGUUUUAAUAAAGAAGAUCAUAUUGGCCAUCAAGUCAAUGCAAGUAUUUGCUCUUCUGGGAAUACUGGUAUUUGUGAUUGUGGUGAUCCAGAGGCGUGGAAAAGAGAAUUGCAUUGCAAAUGUAAUUCUAAAGCGGAUGCAGAAGUCAAUGAUUACAAUGGUAUUUUCAAUGAGGACUAUGAAUUGUUUUUGAAAGUUGUUUAUGACGUUUGUUUAGAUUUUGUUAUCGAAGUGUUUGCUCGUCAAAACCAAACACUACCCGUGGUUAAUGAGAGGUUAAGACGAUUAGUUAGCCGCAGUGGUGAUCAAAAGGAAGCUAUUGAUUUGUUGAAGAAAGAUAUAUCGCAACAGACAUUGAAUGCAGAAAAAUAUGGGAUGAAAGAUAUGAUAAUACAAUAUUGUGUUGUUCUUUGGAACGAUGAAUUCCACAAUUUCCAUGAAGCUCAAAGUGCCAUCAUCAGUGCAACUUCUACCUCCCGUGCAGGGGCCAAACAAGUGGCAACCCAAGUUGAUAAAGAAGGAAGAACUAUUUUGCUUGAAAAUUCAUCUCUUGAAGCACUAAUUACUGGAUUCACAAAUGUUCAAUCCAAUGGGUUAACUGCAACUAUAAUGUCCAAAGUUGAUUUUUUGAGACAAGAUUACACCAAAACUAUAAUAGAUUGGAUUUCAGACACUAUUAAUUUUCCAAACACUGCAUUCCAAAAAAUAGCGAGAAGGGCUUUAUGCAAAUCAUUAUGCUCUCAAUACAAUUCAGAUGAUUUAGGCGAUUCAGUAUGGUCUUCCUUAUACUCAACUGAUUCAGGGCUUUUGAAUGGUCAGCAUUUGCCAUAUAUCAGUCAUGAAACUAUUGAUUUCACCAAAAGAGAAACAUCAGCCACCACGACAAUUUCAGAUAUUACUAAAGAAAGUUCAACCUUGGCUUUGGAGACAAGAAUGCAAUAUCUACUUUUCUUUGAUUUGAGAUAUUGGAAACUGCUCAGAGCGAAAGUUCAUGAUUUGUUGAUCCCAUCAUUAGUUUCUGAUCUUGAAUACAAAAUUAUUGCAGCCAAUCAAAUAGUGGAGAUUUAUGGGUUACUGAUGAGCAACUUAUCCAAGCUAGAUAGAGAACCACACAUUAGUGCUCUAGAUGAAAUAUCUUGUCAAUUUUUCACUUGUCCAACCAAUUCAACAAAUAUUAUAAGCACUGAAAAGAUAAGAGAUGUACUAUAUCCGGUUGUGAGAUUAUUUGAUUCUCAUUCCAGACCGUUGAAUUCUGAAGUGAAAAAGUUCAGAAUUCCUCAUAGAAUGCUAGAUAAAUCUACAUCCAUCAGGAAAUCAUUUACGAGAUCCAUAAAUGAUUUGAAUUAUAUGUUUGACAAAACAACCACAAUCAACAACUUCUUUUUACCAGAAAACUUCAUGCCAUUUUGCUACCUUCUUCGUCUAUUUGAUAGCAAUUGGGAGAUCCAGAGAAAGGUUGGUGAACAUGUUGAGAAUGAAACUUAUGACUUUGUUGAUUACUUUGGCUAUACUUUACAAUUAUUAGGGGUUGUUUAUGCUGCCAGCGAUCCUUCCAAAUUAAAUCCAGUUGAUAGAGAAUCUGUUGCUCUUGCAAUUCAAAAAUUGCUUCAUUUAUUAUCGUUGCAGCCAUCAGAUAAAUCUAAAGUCUAUAAGUCUUAUGAGCUUGUUGAUUUCCAAGUAUCUAAAGAAUACACUGGUUUCAUGAACCCUUCAAAUGUCUUUCUUUCAAGGCUAUUACAAAUUGCUGCCAAGUCCUCAGAAGAUAUUAUAAAAGUUGUUGAUGGCUUUGAUUUUGUUAAAAUUGCUGAUUCUUCUUUAAGAGCAAUUGUGUUAUGUGUUCAGAUCGAGUCUCAAUUCUGGGUUCGUAACGGGUUAAGCUCUUUAAAACAAGCAUAUACCUAUAAAUCGCCUCAGUUGGUUCAUGAUACUGGUUAUUACAGGGAUGUUCACUUAACACAGAUAGGAUUACUGUGCACUGAUCCGGAAAGAGCAUUUUUAAAUAUUUUGAACAGAUUCGAAUUGUUGGAUUGGUUUUCAAACAAAAUGCAGCUCACCAAUACAGUUUAUGAAGAUAAGGUCUACACAAUUCUUGAGAAAUUGAUAUCAUUUUUCUAUGUGCUUAUUUCAGAACGUUCAUUGUUUAUGGAGUUUGAGUCUACCGAGAAGGAAAUACGUCAUAGAUUGAAACAGGUUCUCAUUUACACACUAUAUUAUAAACCGUUGACUUAUUCUGAGAUUGAAGAGUCUCUAUCUGAUGAUUUGUCAUCAUAUGAACGUUUAGAUGAAAUCUUGAAUGAAGUUUCGAUGUUCACUGCUCCAAGAGGAUUAAAUGAUGAUGGUCGUUACAGCUUAAAACCUGAUUAUUACAAGUUUGUUGAUCCGUUGAAAUUAUUGGCACAAGUUAAAGACUUUCAAGAUAAUACAACAGUUUUAUGCAAAGCACUUUCAGAGACUGACAAACCUGUUGAUGAUGUUAUUCUUGAACCAAAAUUAGCUAAACUUGAAUCUUACAAGACCUUGGCCGGUUUCACUAGAACAAAUGAAUUUGCAAAGUUUGUUUACAAACUGCUAGAAUAUGCACUCCAAAACAAUCAAGACACUUAUGUUCCCCAAUUGCUUCAUUUGCUACAUGCUGUUUUCAAAGAUGAUGAGAUGGUUAAUGGUAAAGAUCAUAUUAUUGAAUCUUUUGUUCAGAUACCUGUGUGUGAGUCUUUAUUUUCUAUUGCAACUUCUUCAGAUUUCUCAAAACAAACUACAAGAAAAGCAGAUUACUUAUUGGAAUCAUUGAUUGUUAAAAAUAGCCGCUCAUUUUUUGAGACAUUGACAUCCUGUUUCGGUGAAGAAGCGGUGAAUGUUUAUAAGGAGAAAAAGAAGUCUAGUGGUGUUAAUUUUGAUGAAAGUGAGCCAGAACGCAAGAGAAGAAUUGCGAAAGAGCGUCAAAAGAAAAUUUUGGAAAAAAUGUCAAAGAAGCAGAAAUUGUUCAUUGAAAAGAAUGAUACAGGUGCUCAAGAUGAAGAAAGUGAGAACUCUGAUACUCCAGAAGGCGUCAGACACUGUGUUUUAUGUCAAGGUGCAGAGACACCUGAAGAUUUGUUUGGUAUUCCUGCUUCAUUUGUCAAGUCGAAUGUUUUCAGACAUCUUCCAUCUCAUGAUAAAUAUUUCAUUCAAAGGGCAUUUAAGAAUUGGGAUGAUGAUUCUGUUGGAAAUAACCCUGAAGCUGUUGGCUUGGGCUUCCCAUUAUCUGAGAAUAGACGCAAUAACUUUGAAACUCAUACAAUCGCGUCAUCAUGUAAUCAUGGGAUGCAUUUCAAAUGUCUAAAGGAUUACAUGAGGGAACACAAUCACUCAACCCCAUCAUUUGCAUGUCCACUAUGUAAGACAUACCACAAUCACUUUCUCCCAGUUUUCAACCCUAAAAAUAUCAUCAGUCAUGAAAUUUUAUCAAACACCUCAAGCAGUGUAUUCGAAUCAUUUGUGGAUCAAACAAUGGAUGUUUCUUUCGGGUCUUAUGGUGAUGGUUUUGAAGAUUCAUUGGAUGUGGUUUUGGGAAGAGAUUUUGAAAAGGCAGGUGCAGACGUCAAGUAUUUUACACGAAUGUUGAAUAUUUUGAGCAGUUCAAUUAGACAAGCUGAAAUAUCAACCAGAAUCAAUGGAUCUUCAUCAUAUUCGGAAUUUUUGAAACAAAUUCCUGAGCAGACUUACAGAGUUUUAAGAGGAGUUUUCCAGACUUUGACCAUUUUUCAACAAUAUCGUCAUUUUAGCAUAUCUGACCUUGGGCACCAUCCUGAUCAUGAAAUUGAUGUUGUAUAUCAAUUGAUAGUUAGCUUUUUCAUGGGUACAAGUGAUAUGAGGGAAGAUAUAAGAGAAAGGUUCGUUGAUGUUUCUGGUGAAUAUCUGUGCCGCUUACUUUCAAGAGUUUUCGACUGUGGUGAGUUUUCGGUUGAGUUGACUGGCGAAAUGCCUUCACAAGAGCAGAUUAAUGCUUUUAGAAGUUUGAUUAGUGAUUCUGGUAUUCCCUUGCCUGUUAAGCAGAAGUUUUUGGCUGAUGAUCAGUUUUCUGUGCAAAUUGUCAAAAUGACUGAAUUGAUGUUGCUACCACAGUUGAGAAGUCUAUGCAUUUUCUUCAGAGUGCUGUUCCCAGACUUUGAUUUACAGAAAUCAGAUGAUGAUAGUGCUGUCUUGAAUGAUCUAUUAAGCUCUUUGGGAUUUCCAAAUUAUCAUGAAGUUAUUCGUGUGUCAAUGGAGAAUAAAGAAAGAACAGCUUUCAAAUUUGAUGAGCCUUUGCCUUAUCCUGGUGUUAUCAAAUUGGUUGAUUUACCAACUGAGCUAAACUUUUUUACAACAACAACAAAUGACACAUCAACUAAUAUAUCAAAAAGAUUUGAGCCAGAAGUGAACAUUUCAAGUUAUAACAAUAGAAUUGAUUUUUCGGUGUGCUUGACAUGUGGUAAAAAGGUGUUCAAAACUGAUGAUAGAAAUGAAAAGUUACUUCAUAUGAAGAACACACACUGUGAUAGUGGCCCAGAUGGGUUAUACUUAACACCAAAUACUGAUGUUGUCAAUUUAAUGAGUAGCACGGUUAGUGGUCAUUAUUCCAAGAUUGUUAAUGCUCCAUUUUUAAAUUCACAUGGUCAAAGUGGUAAUAAAGCUGUUCAAAACGGUCAAAUCGCUAGAUUAAACGUUGAAAGAUAUAAAUAUUUGAACAGCUUAUGGUUGACUGGUUCCAUUUUCUCAUAUUUGAGCAGAAAUUCUUCACCCGUAUUCCCAAGAUUAGGUUUAGAUAAUAAU